UCCGUAAACUGAUGCUGUGCAUAGACGUCAGGACAGAUAGAGGGAGUGAGAAAGAGGACAUUUUGUAAAGAGAGAGAGAGAGAGAGAGAGAGAGAUCAGAGGAGGAGACACACAAAUACCUAUACAAGUGUCCAGUGUUGAAACGCAGGCCUUCUCGUUCAUACUCAAUAUAACUUUCAUUCUCGUCAGGGUUAUUAUCUGUCGGACAGCUGGGAUUGUGUUGGUCCAUUAUAACGGCUUGUUUUGUUCGUUUCCUUUUCUGUCUCGUCGGAUUUCUGGUGGAUUUUCAGUGUCUGGCUAGCGAGCACAGCUAACCGCAGCUAGCCGGUUCAAUCUGUUUCCUCGGCCUCAGGAGCACAUUACACACACAAAAUGGCAUUAAAACGAAUUCACAAGGAACUGACUGAUCUGGGCCGGGACCCUCCAGCGCAGUGCUCAGCAGGACCGGUUGGAGAUGACUUGUUUCACUGGCAAGCAACAAUUAUGGGACCUAAUGACAGUCCAUAUCAAGGGGGUGUGUUUUUCUUGACCAUUCAUUUUCCUACAGACUACCCUUUCAAACCACCUAAGGUUGCAUUCACCACAAGAAUUUAUCACCCAAAUAUUAACAGUAAUGGCAGCAUCUGUUUGGAUAUUCUAAGGUCGCAGUGGUCUCCUGCGUUAACUAUCUCUAAAGUUCUAUUGUCCAUCUGCUCACUGUUAUGUGAUCCAAACCCAGAUGAUCCAUUAGUGCCAGAGAUAGCACGUAUCUAUAAAACAGACAAUGAAAAGUACAACAGAAUAGCUCGGGAAUGGACUCAAAAGUACGCCAUGUGAUACCUGAAGAACAUCAGACAUGCAGUAUAGCUGGAAAAAAAAAAAAAAAAUUUUUCUUCCCCUCAAUGAAUUGACAGCUCCCCGUGUAUUCAGACCAUAGCAGUUCUGCUUGGUUAUUUUGACCCCCUUCAACCUUCAUUCACAUGCUGUAAAAAAGACCACAACAUUGCAAAGAUCACCAACUUUAUGUUCAGAAAAAUGCUCGUGUCAAAGAAGCAUGCUUUAACUACGAGCGCAGCCAUUUUUUUAUUGAGAUAAGAAAAAGAAAAAAAACAACUAAGGUGAAACCAUCGAAUGCUUCUGACUCAUGCCACUGGCUAGAGGUGCUAUUUAAGAAAAAGAAACAACGAUUCUGAAGGUGCCAGCGUACCACGAGAUGUCGAUCUGUUGCUCGGUUGGCCUUCAUGUUUUUAUAUGCUUUUCCAAUAGCAAUGAGAACUAUGGUCUGUGAAAUAUAUUAUUGCUUAUAACUGACUGUUUCUUACCAAAUCAGUCACGUCAUUGUAUCAGCAGUUACGAAAAAUAUAUAUUUUGCAUGUUAAUGGAACAAUUAAGGUAAUUGGUCUGUGGUCUGCCAAAAAUGAAUAUCUGCAGACAAAGUUAAGCGAAUACAUGUCCACUGUUAGAGUCUGAGAACUUUUGUUACUCAUUUUCUCUCCUCUUUUUGAUGUUUUUAGAAUGGGGAGCUAUUAGUUCGUCUAUCCUCCUAAACACUGUUCUCUCAUUGCACUGAAUAUAUGUGAUUGGAAGCUCUCAAUGGAUGACCGAUCAACUAAUAGCUCUACUAGCUGUUCAUUUUGUUUGCUCAAUAAAGUUGCUAAACUAUCA